CUCAAAAGGCAAGGAUAUCGCGCAAAAGAGUGAGAGAGGCAGUUGUGGAAGAAAAGGGUUUUCAGUGGUCGCUCACCAAAAAGGACCUGCGAAGCCCUCAGAAGAGCAGUGCGUGCGAACUGCAGCAGUCGUGGCUGUGUGGCCGUCGUCGUGAGAUCCUGUGUGAUUUGCUGUGUGGUGCCUCGCGUGUGAGAAAGAGUUUCGGAGGAGCAGCAGGAAAAAUCCUUUUUAGACCCACUGGUCGGCACCUUGCGCCCCCGGAGCAGGCUUGGAAUGACAGUUCGGACGGCGGGGAAGCGGAUUCCGAUUGCCGACGGUCCGGAACGGAUGGCCAACGGUGCGAAAACCUGCCAGGAUUUUGGGGUCCUCGAGCGCCAGACAAAAUUUCCUUCGGCUCGAUGCUAGUGGAAUAAUUUUUGCAGCAAAGUCCUGCCGUGAGAGAGAGUGCGAGAGAGCUAGGCGCUGCGAAGAGAGACGGAAAAAGGACGAAAACGGAGAGAGAGCCGAAUUUUUAUUUUGCUGGGGAGAGCGAGAGAGAACAAAACAGCAGUGUCAGAGGACAAAAGUUGGCCAAUUUGGGACGGGGCAGGAUAUUUGGAUUGUGUUUGUCGAAUGCACUUCCGUGGAACCUGCGAAUCUGGAUUACGUUUGAAUUAUCAGUAGGGAAGCCCAAGUCCCGGCCGUGCCAACACCAUCAUGAUCGAUGAAAUCCUCGAACGGAUCGUCCAGUUCUUCUCCACCGGGGUUGUGGAAAAGGUCAUCAAGGCACUGCUGGUGCUGUGCGAUCGCUUCGUGAACUUUAUUCUGUCCCUGUGCGAGGGUAACAACUACAAGAAGAAGGACGAAACGGUGGACGUGCUGUAUAGCAGUGGGAACUUCCUGGUCAUAAACAAAAAGCACGACCUGCUGAUAAACUCGAACGACACGAAAAAGACGGUCCAAACGAUCAUGCGGAAGCAGUUCCCGGAGUACGUGCAGGACAACCUGACGCACGACUUUUACUUCGCUCACCGGCUGGACUUUGCGACGAGCGGAAUUCUUUGCAUUCCGCUUAACAAAAACGCCUGCAAGGAAGUGUGCCAGGUGUUCGAAGAGCAGCGAGCCCGGAAGUACUACCUGGCACUGCUGCGGGGUCACACGGACUUUGACGACGAGGUGAUCGACAUCGCCAUCGGUGAGGACAUCCGUUUCAAGGACACCAGCAAGAAGAUGUGCACCAUCCUGGAGGAUGAGCUGUGCCAAAAUCCGCGCCGGAGCAUCACAAAGGUGCUGGUGUUGGACCGGGGCUACUACAACGGCAAGCCGGUCACCAAAGUGCUCUUGCGACCAAUCACGGGCCGGCGGCAUCAGCUGCGGCUACACUGUUCCCAGAUUGGCCACGUGAUCGUCGGCGAUUACACGUACAGCCUCAAGAUCGACACGUCCCCGCCGCGGAUGUUCCUGCACGCGUUCCGGCUCGUGCUGCCCAACUCGUUCGAGAACAUCGACAUCCAAACGGACGACCCGUUCACGGAGAAGGCCCUCAAGUACAAGUGGAAGGUGGUCGAGCAGGUGAACGCCAUUGGGACCGCGUUCGAUCUGAUAGAUUCUUUUUAACAUUUGUGGGAACCAUGUAGUUACCCGCGUAGAACUCGCACGUUUACGUUUCGGUUGGAGCAGUUUCGUCGGCGGUUAAAUGUAAAUAUCCGAUCGUUCUCGCGAAUCUAUUCGCUUUAGGUUCGACUCUCUCAUUUUCUGCGAUCCUUGCGGCUUUAUCGAAGCCGAAGUAACACACACACACACAAUGGAACACACAAACACAGAAACACGGACACACAAACACAGCGCGAAUUACACCCACAUGUCACAUACCUGGUAACACAGACACACUCACAAAUCUAGUCAUUUUAGCGACGAUUAGGUGACGGAAAUAUAAAAAAACACCCGAUUUCCCACAUUUUUGUGGGAUACGAGAGACUGUAAAUAUAAUAUAGUCUAGUACUACACGGACACUAAAUGAGUAAAUGAGAAUGAACCAGAAUGAAAUACAAGUAAUCUAAAUUAACGAAGGAAAAAAACCCAAAAGCAAACCACGUUCAGCCACAUUCACACUAAUGAGAUUCUUAUAACUAGUUACACAUUUGAUCUUAUUAUUAGUUGAAGUUUAGAAAUAUUUACUAAAUACCAACCAAAAAGGCCAGAUAAUUUACAUAAAAAAGAGAAGCGUGAAUCCGUAGAUGAUACCGAUUAAAAUAGAUACAAGAAUAGAUAGUGAUUUACUACUUAAAAUGAAUUCCAGUUGAGGGUGUUGAUUUGCGAAGAUCACGAAAAAGUAAUCCAAAACAUGUAGCAAAGCUGCAGAAUUAAUGUUCAAUACUGAAUUGAGCGCCAUGAUUUGGUUAAGAGAGAUUCUCACUCUAACAUUAUUGAGAAUCUGUUUAAAUCUGUGUGUCGUUGCACCAUAGAGUUAUCUACGUGCGCAUGUAUUGCGUGUACGUACACGAUGGAUUUCUAGGUUAAAAUUUGUACCCGCCAGCAAAAACAAAUGGUAAGCUAGUGUGCGUGAGAUCGGGCUUAGAUAACUCUAUUGAAAACCUAUAUACGGCCAGUCCUAUUACGUUAACCCCUUUCCGCCCAGAGCAAAAUCGAGAUGGUUUACGUUAUUCUGUAUUACUAGUCACAGAAUUCGAUGCCAACAUUUCAAAAAGCAUCAUGUACAAACCAUGCGUUUUGAGAAAAACGCAUUUGAAUGUUGAGCAUCCAUUUUCAAUUACCAUUUUUAUAUAAAAGCAAAAUAAGAUGUUCUAAUGAUAACAAACGAUGAAAAACGUUGCUUUUGUUGAUACUUGAUCAUCCAUAUUCAAUAAAACAUUAUUUCCGUAAUUUUAUUUGAGAAAAACAAACAUAACUUCUUUUGAAAUCACCAACGUCGAUAUCACCCUGCUGUCAUUGAGGGGGACGUUUUUCUUCGCCGAAUGUACAUGGCGCUUUUUUCAUGUUGUUUUUUUUCGCCACGAGGUUUAUGUAGCCUUUUGUUUGACAGGUUGACAGGGCUAUAUAAACAGGGACUGCUGAUGGCAGAGAUUUUGUUUAUGUUACUUUACUUAAAAUCAUGAUUAAACAGACUUUACUGAAGUAACUUUUGCUCAUUUUUGGUGGAGAGGUAGCUUAUUAGAAGUACUUUCAGAAUAUACAAUAACCCAGAAAGUGUUAAAAUGUACAUGAUGCCUUUUGAAAUGUUACCGUCGAAUUGACCAAAAUGGUUGAAAUUUAAAUGAUAACAUUCCACAUAAAUCAGUGUAGGAUGAUUCCUGUUGAAAAAAAUGCAUUUCCGUUGAGAUAUUGCAUUAUGAAGUCAAAAAUGAGUAGUGCUCUCGAGUAACCAUGGGUUCAAAGUUGUUUGGUGUUGAACAUAAUUAUGUAGUUGAAAAUUUCCCAACUAAAUCGCCAAGUCAGCGCCCUCUAGCCAGAGCACGCAGAGAAGAAGUCAUUCCGAUAAAGAAAAAAAAAAGUUGAACAGAAAUCACGCCGCCAACCAUAAAGAAUUAAAACAGCCGAAUUAACACAGAGUACAGAGAAUAGAAAGAAUAAACAAAUUUCAUUUUUCGCGCGAAAGCAUUAUAGUACGAAUUUUUGCACCUCUCUUUUGAAUAGUGCGCGAAAGAAAAAAAAAAUCUCAUUAGUCUAGAUAAAAAAAAAACUAAGUAGGGGAAAUAUGCCCAUUUUAAUCACUCUAAGCCGUUCGACCAAUUCUCAUCACUUUUGCCGUUUUCUGCUAUUAAAUCAAUAUUUUCAGAUGUAUCAACAAUGGAGAGUUGUUUGCUCACUUUUGUUUGAGCUAUUUAUAACUUUGAAAAAGUCGAAAACACUUUAUUAAAGCUGUAAUUCAUGAUCAAAGUGCUGAUAGGCCGAUAAUAGAAAUAGGCUGAGAAAGGGUAUAGUUCCCCUAAUAAUCGCGCGCGCAGCAACAGCAGCAGAAAAGGAGGAGUUAGAGAGAAUGAAAAAAAAAACAAACUACAACUACAAUCGCAGAUAAUAUCGCCCAGCACUACUUUUGAUACGAAAAAUCGCGAGAAAAUGGCACUCCAGCAGGGAGGUCCGACAAAAAAGAAAACAAAGUAUAAUGUAAAGAAAAUUCCAGUCUAUAGUCAGAGCUAUUCUUUUCCACUUGUAAAAUUUCCUUCAAACAGGCGGCUUAUACGAAAAACAGGGGAAGCACACAUGGUUCUCUACGUUACACAUAUGAAAUGUUAUCUUUAAAUUGUUCUACUUAUCGGUUAUUGUGUUCAAAAAAAAGUUUCUAACCUAAAGACAUAUCGAGAGAGAAGAUUAAAAAAUGCUGAAAUUUGAAUGUAAUCUAAUGUUACUGUUAAAAAUUUGUCAAAUUGUUAAUUUCGAUCAGCCAGCAAAACAAAAAGUUUCCUAGCUAGCAAACAAGUUGAACAGCUGUUCUUAUAGUCUUUGUUAAACCGAAAAAAAGUUACACAGUGGUUGCUACAACUGCAAAGCAACAAGUUUGUUACUUGAGUUGAUAAGUAGGGUUUAAAACUUGUUUCUCGAUAUGACUUAAGAAACGACUGUUUCGCUGAUAUUUCGUUGUCCAGCAAGUUAUAAGUCAUAAUGAUUCACUUAACAAUAGAUCAGUCAAUUUGAUAAAAAUGUCAACAGCUUUAAUCCAAUUUGUUAGCAGUUUUUCUAUUAAUUGAAUUAGGCUUGAUCCGCAAUACUGCCGCUAAGUACUGUUAAUUGUUAUUCUCCAACAAUACACGUACAUUUCAAAGACAUACACAAACACAAUCUCAUCCUCACACAAACAGACCGAAAAAAAACAUUUGUUAAAUGGAACCAAUCUUUUAGCCUGUGUGGCACACCGAGUACGACGCGAUACGCCGGUGUGGUGCAAACAGGAAAAAAAAACAAUAGAGUAAUCGUUACAAACCAACAAACAAUUGUACGUAAAGAUUGUAUAAAACAAGAAAAUCAAGCAGCGUUUUAUUUAACUAUUAUUGAAUGAGACAGGAAAUAAAAUAUUGCUUUUUUGAAAUCAUUGAAAAA